CUGGGCGGAGCGUAGCAGGCUGAUUGUGAAGAAGGGACCGCUGCUGUUGUUGUUGUUGUUUUUGCUGCGGUAUCUGUAGCGGUGUGGCCGAAGAGUCGGGAGGUGUCGGGGCGUUUGUUUGCUAAUCUGAGGGUUAAAGUUUAGAGGACGGCGAGGAGGAAAGGCUGCGGAGCCCUAAAUUUAACCGUGAGUCGUGUUUCUAGCCCGCUGCGCCUGACGAGAGAAGCCCGGAGACGGCAAACAUGAAAUGGAUGUUCAAAGAAGACCACUCUUUGGAACAUCGGUGCGUCGAGUCGGCCAAAAUCCGCAGCAAGUACCCUGACCGGGUCCCGGUGAUCGUAGAGAAGGUGUCGGGAUCACAGAUAGUGGACAUUGACAAGAGGAAGUACCUGGUCCCCUCUGACAUCACUGUGGCCCAGUUCAUGUGGAUCAUCAGGAAACGCAUCCAGCUGCCCUCAGAGACCAUCUUCCUCUUUGUGGAUAAGACAGUACCUCAGUCCAGCAUCACGAUGGGGCAGCUGUACGAGAAAGAGAAGGACGAGGACGGCUUUUUAUAUGUGGCCUACAGCGGUGAGAACACCUUUGGCUUUUAGGGGGGGGGGGGGGGGGAGUCACCACUGGCCUCGCCUGACACCCAAACCACAUCCAAUCACAGCCCUCACUCGGCCCUGGGAGACAGCGAGGGAAACCCCAGAGAGAUUCAGAGACUGGAACAGACACGGAUACGCGUUUGGAGAGCUCCGGCGUGUUUGUCCCGGCUCGUGUUGCACCUCCUCUUUAGAGUCAUCGAUCCAGUG